AUGUUUCGAGUUUUUUCUGGUAGUUGUCUGACCCUGGAGGACAUGGAAACUGUGGUGAGACCGAAUUUAGUUGAACGUCCUCACAUUCUGGGCCCUGGAGCAGACUAUUUCACGAAUGAUGGUGAACCACUUCGGCCGCAACCCGGAGCUCAUACCCUGCAAAAGGUAUUUUCGGGUAGCACUUUGGACCUGAAUGCGUUUGGCGGCGACGCCUACUCCGACGAGGAGCAAGGUGAGCCAGUUCGAACCGUAAACGGACAAGCACCGCGCCAAACACUCCCUGUGAGCACCAUUCUGAAUCAACUUAGCUCUGAGACGGCUAAAGAGCGAGUGAAGAGUGUUAAAUCGAGAACCAAUGUCUUGGUCAUAGCAGAAAACGGGUACCUCGGGUCUCAUGUCGUGGCGAAGCUUCUGAAGGCAGAUUACAGCGUUCGCUUGGCGACCUCAAACCCCGUCACCCAGCAGCAGCAAGCUGAGCUUUACAAAGUAAUGAGCGUUGAUGUGGCAUCUCGUCUUUCCAUAGCAAAUGUUGAUAUCAACAAUUCGAUCGCGUUGCGGGACGUUAUCCGGGGCUGCCGGUAUAUCAUCCACUGCGGGUGCUCUAACUCAGCGGUGGAUAAGAAAAAAGGCCCGGUAGCGUACCACAUGGAUGCUAUUCAAGCUCUUUUUGACGGUAUCCGUCUCGCCGGUAAGGCCUCAGUAAAGCGUGUCGUUCUCACCGGUGCGGCAACCUCUGUUUUCCACAUCCGCGACGCCUUGCCGCCGUCUGGCAAAUUCGACGAGAGGUGCUGGAACACGGUUGCAAAUUCGGAGACGGAUCCUAUUCCCUACGCUAAGAUCGUCUUUGAAAAAGAAGCCUGGAGGUUGCGUCAGAUGUUAGGAGUGGAGUUAGUAGUAUUACUGCCCUCAAGUACGAUCGGCCCGAGCCGAACUGAGGAGACCAGUGAUGCGAUGAUGAUGAUUCAGGGAUUGGCCAAUGCGCCCUCGUAUUUCCCAUUUUGCCCGAAAUUGUACUGGAACUACGUCGAUGUCUGUGAUGUAGCUGAGGCCCAUGUGCGGGCAAUGGAGUCACCGGAAGCCAAAGAUCAGCGCAUCAUUAUUUCGAACGCCUGUCUAAGCCUGGCGGAGGUCAGCAGAAUCAUCAAAAAGCAGUACCCUCACCUGAACCCGCCGACGCGCUCAGCGAAUAAGCUACUGACGUUGUUGAUUUACGCGCCGCAGAGCGUGAACCUGCGUUUCUUGUGGAGAAACUUGGGCGAACGUAAACCUCUCGAUAAUCGUCGUGCGAUUGAAGAGCUGGGAAUGCAAUUCACCGACAUCGAAAAGACUAUUGGUGCGUGUGUAGAGGAACUGAUGGCUGCUAAAGCAGUCCCCACACCGAACGACACUCCCGAGAAAUCCUUUGUGAAGUUGGCUCUGGUUACCCUCGGGAUGGUUGGUCUUGUUGGAGCUGUAGGUUUAACUUUUCUAAGAAAGCGAAAGCACUAA